UCCCGCACCGCAGCAGGUCAUUCGAGGACGUGUAUCAGCGGUAAAAUGGAAGGGACUACAGCCUCAGUUCAACGUAAACUCCUUGCUCUGACCCUUGCAGUUAUCGUCGACCUUUGUGUAUUUUACGCAUCGGGAUCUGCGGUGAGUCUGAGCGUCUUUGGAUAUUUUGCGCGUCUUUGGCUGACCGCGGCUCUCCGGUGUUUGGCACUGACUGCCGUUACUCUGUUUACUCUCGGAGAUCUCACACCGGUUCCGGUUCGGUUCAUUGUAACGCACAGUGCGCUCCCGGCGGUGUUUGAGACCGGGACCAGAGUGGUGUACCAGGAGGAGAGUGGAUGUGGCCUGGCUCUGGAUGUGUGGUGUUGGCUGAUGAGCACCGGCGCGUCGGUGGCCGCUGCUCUGUUUUGGGAAGUCAUUCUCCCGGACACUGAUGAAGAGGCUGCCGGUAAAAAGAACAAGCAAAAGGCUCGAGUACUGUUUAUGAGAGUCCUGUGGUUAUGCAAACCCGAGUAUCCACUGCUGUUUGGAGGGUUUAUAUUCCUGACUCUGGCUGUCCUCUGUGAGAUGUUCAUUCCAUUUUACACUGGGAGAGUCAUUGACAUCCUUGGUAGUCAGUACCAGCCAAAUGAAUUCUUCACUGCGCUCCUCUUCAUGGGCCUGUACUCUUUAGGAGGCUCUGCCAGUGCAGGCUGCAGAGGAGGCCUCCUAAUGUGUGCCAUCAGUUCAUACACAUGCAGAAUGAAAGUCAUGUUGUUUGGCGCUUUAAUCAAACAGGAAAUUGGAUUCUUUGAGACCAUAAAGACAGGUGAAAUCACAUCCAGAUUGUCUAAAGACACAAACCUGAUGGCAAGAACAGUGGGUCUGAAUGUCAACGUGCUACUGAGGACGUUCAUCAAGACAAUGGGCAUGAUCUCCCUGAUGAUGAGUCUCUCAUGGAAGCUCACAUUCCUUAUGUUAAUGGAGACACCCAUCACUGGUCUAAUACAGAAUAUUUAUGACACACACUAUCAGAGACUAUCCCUGGCAUUGCAGGACUCGUUAGCUCAUUCAAAUGAAGCAGCAAAUGAAGUUGUAUCUGGUAUUCACUUGGUGCGAAGCUUUAACACUGAAAAAUAUGAAGCCCAUCGCUAUGGCAACCGUCUGAUGGACACACAUAAGCUCAAGACCCGUCGUGAUAUUAUCGGUGCCAUUUACUUGCUUGCACGAAGGUUUACAGGGUUGGCCAUGCAGGUCCUAAUGUUGUACUAUGGCAGACUGUUUAUCCAGAGGGGACAGAUGACCACUGGUAACCUGGUUUCUUUCAUCCUCUACCAGUCAGAUCUUGGAGACAACAUCAGGACUCUUACCUACAUAUUUGGUGACAUGCUCAACUCUGUGGGGUCUGCUGGCAAAGUCUUUGAGUACCUGGACCGAAAACCUGAGGUCAGCACAGAGGGAAAAUUAGCACCGGACCAGGUGACAGGACAUGUGAGCUUCUGCCAACUCAGCUUUGCCUACCCUUCAUAUGCCAACAAAAUUGUGCUGCAGGAAUUUUCUUUGGAGCUGAAGCCAGGUCAGGUGACGGCACUGGUUGGUGCAUCUGGUGGAGGAAAGAGCACCUGUGUGAGUUUGCUGCAGCGAUUCUAUGAACCUCAAAGUGGAGAAAUCCUACUGGACAAUGAGCAGCUGAAAUCUUAUGAGCACCGAUACCUUCACAAGAAGAUAGCAGUGGUGAGCCAGGAGCCUGUGCUCUUUUCUGGUUCCAUCAAAGACAACAUUGCUUACGGGCUUCCUGAGUGUUCACUGGAAGAGAUCCAGGAAGCUGCACGCAAAGCCAACGCCCAUGAUUUCAUCAAACAACUGGAGAAAGGCUAUGAUACAGAGGUGGGUGAAGGGGGUGGCCAGUUAUCCAAGAGUGAGAGGCAGCAGAUUGCCAUUGCUCGAGCCCUGGUUAGACAACCACAGGUUCUCAUUCUGGAUGAAAUAACCAGCGCUCUGGACAGUGAGAGUGAAAAUAAGGUUCAACAGGCCUUGGCCAACUGUCACAACCAGACUCUGCUGGUGAUCGCUCACAGGCUGAAGACGAUAGAGAAGGCAGAUCAGAUUAUUGUGAUUGGUAACGGCAGUGUUCAGGAACGAGGAACUCACCAGGAGCUGAUGGACAUGAAGGGGGUGUACUACAAACUGAGGGAGAAGUGUCUCAAUGAGGGAAACUCACCUCAGUAAAGUGAUAAUUUGACAGAUGAUAUGUAUGAUAUGGUUUUCUGUAAAUAUCUGUUUUCUGUGUGAGUUAAAGAAUGUCCAACAGCAACUAGCCUACUUUCAGAUAGGUUGUAUAAAUACUGAAGAAUGAACCAAUAAUUCAUAUUUACAUUAUUUUCAAUAUAUAUGGACUUAAUAACACUUUCAGAACUUUGUGAAUUUUUCUUCAUUUUUGCUGAAUUUUGUGAUGAAUCUGUAAAUAAAUAAGAUUGUUGAAUGGUUAAA